AAUAGAUCAUAGUUGAACCAAAUUAUACUAUUGCUUUUGCCCUCUACUGCCAGGCAGAAGGUUUGAUUGUGAUGAGAGUGAAAAAGAUUAUAGGUAACAUUACCAAGCAGGAAAUAAGCGUGCAAGUUUCUAGUCUGCCAAGGGGGGUGACUGAAUUGCAAAGCUCCGUAUCCAACUUCAGAAACCCUCUGAUCUGUGGUGGUUGAUAUCCGUCCAUCUGGAGAAUAAUUGUAAGGUCUCCGAUUGAGAGCCUUAGGAGAACUCCAUCUGAGAUUGGAACCUCUUAGAUUGAAACAACUUUGAUGGCCACGGUUUCCUCUACCAUCACUGCACAUAGAAGAAUCCCUAUCAUACCUUCUUUCAUCUCUGCAGAAAUGGCGUUCCAAUGGUUCCCGGAGCUUAGAAACACCUUCUUGGGGAUGACCUCGAGAGUCAUCUCUAUCCCCCCUUUCUCUAUACCUCCUUUGAAAUCUGUAGGAUUGGUGUUUAUAAAGCUCCAGAAAUCGGGCUUAGGGUCGGCGAAUUGACUCGCCUCUCUUCCCCCUAUCUCUAAAUGCGUUUGUAUAUCUGUAGUGGCAAUGUAUUGGUUGCCGGAAUUCCGAGAUGGGGUCUUGGGGACGGCGGCGAGAAUCGCCUAGCUCCCCCCACUCUCUAGACCUAACCAUUUUUCAUCUAUAUAUAUAUAUAUAUAUAUAUAUAUAUAUAUAUAUAUAUAUGCAUUCAGCUCCAGCUUCUUCUCCAUUUCUACUUCACAGAGAAGACUCCAUUGCUCUUCCAUAUCCUCCUUAGAAGGUAUGGACCCUGCAGGCGACGAGCUGAGAUACUAUGAGGAUGAGGAUACCCCAGUAACGAAAACUAUGAAAGGUGCAACCACUGGUCUAGUUGCGGGCACUAUUUGGGGCACCAUUGUUGCAACAUGGUACGAUGUGUCACGUGUGGAAAGAAGUGUUGCGCUUCCUGGUCUGGUGCGAACGCUGAAAAUGAUGGGCAAUCAUGGCUUGACAUUUGCUGCUAUAGGCGGAGUGUAUAUUGGUGUGGAGCAGCUGAUGCAUAACUAUCGUAUGAAAAGGGCCUUCAUUAAUGGCGCUGUUGGUGGAUUUGUAGCUGGUGCUUCUGUGCUUGGUUAUAGAGGAAAGAGCAUUUCGACAGCGAUCUCAGUAGGAGCGGUGCUUGCAGUUACCUCAGCUGUGAUUGACGCCGGAGGUCAGACGACACGCGUUGACAACGGUAAGGAAUAUUAUCCCUAUUCCACCCAGCCCAAACGCCAUGCCACCGCUGAAUGAGAGAAUGAACCAUUUUCUCUCCU